AAAGAGCCACAGGUACAACGACGAACGCGGCUGCAUUACAUUAUUAUUAUUAUAUUAUUUUCCCGCUCCGUGGGCAUUACAAUUUAAACCGAAAGUUUAGCCCGAUCAGCCGUUUUGAAUUGAGUCUCUCAAAUAUCAACGGAGUCCACACUAAACCAUCUACAAGAUGGAUCAAAUGCUCAGCCCCAACUUCUCGAUUCCGAGCAUCGGAACGCCGCUCCACCAGAUGGAAGCGGACCAGCAGAUAGUGGCCAAUCCUGUGUACCAUCCUCCGGCUGUUCCGCAGCCGGAUUCGUUGAUGCCGGCCCCCGGCUCCAGCUCCGUGCAGCACCAGCAACAACAACAGCAGUCGGACGCCAGUGCGGGAUCCGGUCUCUUUGGCCACGAACCAUCUCUCCCACUGGCCCACAAACAGAUGCAGAGCUACCAGCCAUCGGCCUCCUAUCAGCAGCAGCAGCUACAGAGUCAGGCGCCCGGCGGCGGUGGUAGCACACCGCAGUCUAUGAUGCAGCCGCAGACGCCGCAGAGCAUGAUGGCCCACAUGAUGCCCAUGAGUGAGCGGAGUGUGGGCGGUUCGGGAGCCGGAGGUGCCGGCGAUGCCCUGAGCAACAUCCACCAGACGAUGGGCCCUUCGACGCCGAUGACACCAGCCACACCAGGUUCUGCUGAUCCCGGUAUUGUGCCACAACUUCAGAACAUCGUUUCCACGGUUAAUCUGUGCUGCAAACUGGACCUCAAGAAAAUCGCAUUGCAUGCGAGAAACGCCGAGUACAAUCCUAAACGAUUUGCGGCUGUGAUUAUGCGAAUCCGAGAGCCCCGGACCACCGCCCUGAUCUUCAGCUCCGGCAAGAUGGUGUGCACCGGAGCAAAGAGUGAGGACGACUCCAGACUGGCAGCGAGGAAGUAUGCGCGCAUCAUCCAAAAGCUCGGUUUCCCUGCAAAGUUCCUUGACUUUAAGAUUCAAAACAUGGUCGGCUCCUGCGAUGUCAAGUUCCCCAUUCGCUUGGAAGGCCUGGUGCUGACCCAUUGCAACUUCAGCAGCUACGAACCGGAGCUAUUUCCCGGCUUGAUCUAUCGUAUGGUGCGGCCCCGUAUCGUGCUCCUCAUCUUCGUGUCCGGGAAGGUGGUACUCACGGGCGCCAAGGUGCGGCAGGAGAUCUACGACGCCUUCGACAAGAUAUUCCCCAUUCUAAAGAAGUUCAAGAAGCAGUCAUAAAUAGGAUAGCGCUUUAUUAGUUCUGUACGUGUAUGUUUUAAGGUCGGUAGUUCUGGAAGUCUGAUCAUAUGAGCGGGAGCAGCCUGGCGAGCAGCUCCGAUCGAGAAUAAACCACAAAAUAAUUUAGCUGUA